AUGAAGCUAUUCCUGUUCCUCGCCGGGCUCGCCCUCGUCAGCGCCAGAGCACCCUACGUGCCCAUCCUCACGGACUAUCACGAACAGAUCGGUAUCCCGGAGGCGGCCAGGAUCCAGAAGGCUGAAGGAGCGGUGGACUUCGAUGGCAACAGGAUCGUAGGAGGAUCGCCAGCUGGCCUGGGUGCUCACCCUUAUGCCGCUGGACUGCUCAUAUCUGGUAAUCUGGGCACGUCGAUGUGCGGCGCCUCUCUCGUCACGAACACUCGCCUAGUCACCGCUGCCCACUGCUGGCGUACGGGCAGUUUCCAGGGUAACUCCUUGGUUGUUGUGCUCGGCUCCACUCGACUCUUCUCCGGUGGUACCAGGAUCACAACCAGCCACGUUCAAAUUCACGCCAGCUAUAACCAGAGCCUCUUAACCAAUGACAUCGGCGUCAUUUCUAUCAGACAUGUCAAUUAUAACGAUAACAUCCGUAACAUCGAGCUACCAUCCGGUCUCUUUCUCAUCAUGACGUACGCUGGACAAAAUGCAGUCGUCGUGGGCUACGGCAGAACCUCCGACUCUGGCCCCGUAAGCAGCGAUCCAGAUCUUCGUCAAACGACCGUCACGGUGAUCGAAAACUGGGAGUGUGUUAACAUCUAUGGACCAUUUACUGUCAUCUCGUCCACAAUCUGCACGAACAGUUUAUUCACGACCGGUCCAUGCUCCGGAGACUCCGGUGGUCCACUGACCUUCACCUUCCUUAGGACCAGAUAUUUGAUCGGAGUGACAUCAUUCGUCGCGGCCGCUGGUUGCCAGUCUGGUUUCCCCGCUGGUUACGCGAGAGUCACCUCCUUCGCCAGCUGGAUCAGAGCGAGAAUCUAAGACUAAUGAUUGGAUACCGGAACAUUGAUCCAUUCCAUAAACUGUAUAUCCCUGUGUCGCGCAUGUUAGAAGCUUUCUUUUCUCAGUAUAUGUAUAUGAAAUAUCUUUUCUUUUUCUAAUAUUAAAUUAAAGAAAUAUAAUAUAAGUA